AUGAUGGGUGCGGUGUCCUGUAUGAGCAGGAUUGUACCUAGAGCUUCGCACCAAACAAUAUGCCAUUCUCAGAUCAGGCUGCUCUCGAGCGUUGGGCUACAGCGUGCUCGACUGUCUGUGCGAACAGAGGCAUGCCGGCUGCCACGGAGCAGUCGUAACUUUUGGUGGACGGCAUCAAAAACGCCUACGGUGCAGGAGCAAGCGCCGACACAAGAGAUACUAUCUGUGCCAGAACAACCACCUGCAGACGCAGAGAGCUUUAUUGAAGGCUCCCCCGCUUCGGAAACAAUACCUUUGUCUCCCGCUGAGCCAGGUGUUGAUUUUUCCGCUGGCACAGACAUUCCAAUAGCCCCACUAGACGGUGUCAUUCCGGACGCUUCUGCCAUUACUUCUAUCGCUCCUCUUCAGUAUGGUGACCUUGCUGCGCUGGGACUUGUUGGUUGGUCACCAGCGGGACUGUGCCGGUGGGGAAUGGAGCUAUUGCAAGUCUCCACAGGCUUGCCUUGGUUUUGGACGAUCGUCGGCGUGACGAUUGUUUCCCGUGCCGUCUUAUUUCCCUUCACUGUCCUCUCCAUUCAGAACACCGCUAAGCUCGCACCUUAUCAAGGCGAAAUGCUGAAGCUUCGCGAGAAGAUGACAGAAGCACAGAAUAGCAGGGACAUGCUGCUGUUGCAAAACGUGGCGAUGAAGCAGCAGAUGAUCUACAAGAAGUGCGGCGUGAGCAUGGGGCAGAUGGCGCUCCUCCCGUUCGUGCAGCUGCCGGUCACAUUGGGCAUGUUCUUUGGCGUUAAAAAGCUUUGUGACUUGCCGCUGGAGCAGCUGAAAAUCAGUGGUUUGGACAUCUUGCCUAAUUUAACGGUUGCGGAUCCUACAUACAUGUUGCCGGUAGCUGCUGCGGUGUUGAUGAAUCUGCAACUCAGGGUUUCCAUGGCUGACAUGGCUGCUGCACCUCAUACUGCUCAUCUCAUCAAUCUCUUCCGCGUGCUGUCGAUGGUAGGUGUCUUCUUCAUGGUCAACCUCCCGUCUGGUGUAAUGGUAUAUCUGAUUACGAGCCUCUCGUUCAUCUUGGCGCAAACAUUAUUCAUGCGCAUACCCGUGGUGCGCAGAGCCCUUGGCAUUCCUAUCGUGCCAAGGCACAUGCAGUCCCAAUCCGCCACAUUUAAGGAAUCACUCGACUUCGUGAAGCAGUGGUGGAAGGACAAGAAGGCGGAGCAGGAGGCUGCCAUUCGCGCCAAUCGACGCAACGGCCGCAGAUAA